UCUCUUUCUGCAGCGCAGAGAGAGGAGCCGCCGCAGGGACAGGGACCACAGAUCUCCGCGGGUCUGUUGCACUUGGUACAGAUUCCUAACUCUGCCUGACGUCUGAACGAGCGGGCAAACAUGGGGUGUCUGGGCAACAGCAAGACGGCGGGCGAAGACCAAGGUGUUGAUGAAAAGGAACGGCGGGAGGCCAACAAAAAGAUUGAGAAGCAGCUGCAGAAAGAGCGACUCGCUUAUAAAGCAACCCACCGGCUGCUGCUGCUGGGGGCUGGUGAGUCUGGGAAAAGCACCAUCGUCAAACAAAUGAGGAUUCUACAUGUUAAUGGAUUUAAUCCAGAGGAAAAGAAACAGAAAAUCCUGGACAUCCGGAAAAAUGUUAAAGAUGCUAUUGUGACAAUUGUGUCAGCAAUGAGUACUAUAAUACCUCCUGUUCCACUGGCCAACCCCGAGAACCAGUUCCGAUCAGAUUACAUCAAGAGCAUAGCCCCCAUCACUGACUUUGAAUACUCCCAGGAAUUCUUUGACCAUGUGAAAAAACUUUGGGAUGAUGAAGGUGUGAAGGCAUGUUUUGAGAGGUCAAAUGAAUACCAACUGAUUGACUGUGCACAAUACUUCCUUGAAAGAAUCGAUAGCGUCAGUUUGGUUGACUACACACCCACAGACCAGGACCUUCUCCGAUGCAGAGUUCUGACAUCAGGAAUUUUUGAGACACGAUUCCAAGUGGACAAAGUGAAUUUUCACAUGUUUGAUGUUGGUGGUCAGCGGGAUGAGAGAAGAAAGUGGAUCCAGUGUUUCAAUGAUGUCACUGCCAUCAUCUAUGUCGCAGCCUGCAGUAGCUACAACAUGGUGAUUCGGGAAGACAACAACACCAACAGGCUGAGAGAGUCCCUGGACCUUUUUGAGAGCAUCUGGAACAACAGGUGGCUACGGACCAUUUCCAUCAUCUUGUUCUUGAACAAGCAAGACAUGCUGGCAGAAAAAGUCUUGGCAGGCAAAUCAAAAAUUGAAGAUUAUUUCCCAGAGUAUGCAAACUAUACUGUUCCUGAAGACGUGAUUACUUCUAGUUUUAUGUACAGGCUUUUCAUGAGCAUGAGGAUCAGCACAGCCACUGGUGAUGGCAAGCACUACUGCUACCCACACUUCACUUGCGCUGUGGACACGGAGAACAUCCGCCGAGUGUUCAACGACUGCCGAGACAUCAUCCAGAGGAUGCACCUCAAGCAGUACGAGCUCCUGUGA